AUGCCUCAAAAUAUUAAAAGUAUCAUCGAACCAAAAUUUGAUAAUCUUCCUACAAAAAUACCAGAUAUUUCUAGUAAUGUUUUUAAUUUAUUUUCGUUAAAAGGAAAGGUUGCCUCCAUCACCGGUUCUUCGGCCGGAAUUGGAUUAGCGGUUGCAGAAGCCUAUGCUCAAGCAGGCGCUAACAUAGCCAUUUGGUACAACUCUACUCCAGCAGAUGACAUUGCUGAAAGGUUAUCUAAAUCUUAUAAUAUCACUGCCAAGGCCUAA